UUUUAAUGAGUAAUAAAUCGCAAAGUUUCCCGAACAUAUAUAAUGUAGAUAAUAGUUCUGAUGAACCCAAUUAUGAUGAUUAUGAUCCCAGCAAAGACUUUGGAAACGAGAUAAAACCAGCUUUAUCCGACUUAAUUUCAAAACCUACUCGAAGAAAUGAUAUAAACAGGCCAAUGCCACAUAAUGCCGAUUUGUACGGCUCAGAUUUAUCAGAUUCUACUCAGGACCAUGUUACUGUUGUGUUCAACUGGAACUAUGGCGGAAAUGAAGUGUAUCUGGUUGAGUAUAACGAAGAUGAGAAUAAGAAUACUAGAGUUAUAAAGAUGAUUAAAAGCACUAACUGCUUUACCACUAUACAGGAACUGCCUAGAAAAAUGUUCAAAUACCGUUAUUUAGUGGAUAACGUUUAUCAAUACUCUCCAGAUGAUGCCUGCGUUAAUACAGAGAACGGCGUGAUCAACUACAUAGAUAUAACCAAUUUUAAAUCAACAGACUAUACUAUUCCUCGACAUCAUGAACAAUUUGCAACUGGCGUAUACGGCAAUACAAUGCCUGGCUUAAACUACUCUACAAUAGAACCUCCAACUUUUCCUGAAAUUUUAAAUUACAGAUCCCCGGAUUUUGAUAACCCGGAUCGUGUGUAUAGUGAAAUACAUAUAUUAUCCAAUCACAUUUAUGAGGAUAAGAGUACGGAAUCAUUUCUAGGGGAAAAUUACAAAAGUUACAUGUCGUUGUACAGAUGGGCCAGUGAACUCACAAAUAUACAGUCUUCCACGAAAUCAGUGUCAUUUAUUUACAUAACACAUAAUGAAAGUUAAUAUCAUCCCCAUUCCUAGA